AUGACCCUAAGGAGCGGGAAGGAAAUCCAAGGAUCCGACCCGGUGAUUCCUAAGGACAAGGACGAGGAACGAAUUGAGAAAGAGUUGGAAGAGAAGGGCAGAGACACCAAAAAUUCAAAGGUAACCUCGGAUCCAAUCAUUGCAGUUAGGACUAAUCCAUCUCCCUUUUCUAGCAGGUUAGAAAAAUCAAAGAAGCAGGACAAGGAGAAAGAGGUUCUGGAGAUCUUUCGCAAGGUAGAGAUCAACAUUCCUCUACUAGAUGCGAUCAAGCAAGUACCUCAAUAUGCAAAGUUUUUGAGAGACUUGUGUGUCAAUCGAAGGCGAUUGAAAGGAGAUGAGCGAGUGGUGGUGGAGGAAAACGUGUCAGCGAUCUUACAAAGGAAGUUUCCACCGAAAUACGGGGAUCCGAGUAUGUUUACCAUUCCCUGUAGGGUAGGUAAUACCAUGAUUAGGAAGGCCAUGUUGGACCUAGGAGCUUCGAUUAAUGUGAUGUCCAAGUCUAUAUAUGCUUCUUUGAAUUUAAGUCCUUUAAAAGAGACUGGGAUAAUAAUCCAACUGGCUGACCGAACCAAUGUAUACCCUGACGGGUUGAUUGAGGAUGUUUUAGUGAAAAUUAAUGAAUUGGUUUUCCCUGCUAAUUUUUACGUGCUUGAUAUGGAUGAUGAACACUCCCAUAACCCAUCACCUUUAUUGUUAGGUAGACCCUUUUUUAGCACAACCCGAACAAAAAUUGAUAUUAAUAAGGGUACCCUGUCCAUGAAAUUUGAUGGUGAUAUUGUUCAUUUUAACAUUUUUGAAAUCAUGAAAUAUCCGUCAAAUUCAAAUGUUAGUUUCGUUUUCUCUGUAAAUGUUAUUGACCCUGCGGUACAGGAGGUUUUUAAAAUUGAAGGCAGGAAUGAGUUGGAAGUUGCCUUGACCAGGCACUUCGAGUCAGAGAUGACGUCUGGAGUAGAGUUGAGUGAAGAACUUAAACGUGCGCCUGUCUUAGAGUUGAAACCGUUGCCGAAACACCUAAAGUAUGCGUACUUGGGUGAGGGGGAGACACUCCCAGUGAUUAUCUCCGCCAAUUUAUCAAAAGUCCAAGAAAACAAAUUGAUUCAGGUUUUGAGGGAUUAUAAGCAGGCAAUAGGAUGGACCAUCGCCGACAUCAAGGGAAUUAGCCCAGCGGCAUGUAUGCAUCGGAUUCGACUCGAAGAAUGUGCUAAACCUAUUCGGCAGGCUCAAAGGAGACUAAAUCCUCUCAUGAUGGAGGUAGCGAAGAAAGAGAUAUUGAAACUGCUGGAUGUGAGCAUAAUCUUUGCAAUAUCAGAUAGCUCUUGGGUGAGUCCGGUACAGGUGGUCCCGAAGAAGGCAGGGGUGACGGUGGAGUCAAAUCAAGAGGGUGACCUCGUACCAGUUCGAAAGCCCACGGGGUGGCGGCAGUGCAUAGAUUAUAGGAAGUUGAACGCCGUCAUGAAAAUGGAUGAUUUUCCCCUUCCUUUCAUUGAUCAGAUGAUUGCUAUCGCACUUGAGGACCAGGAGAAGAUAACCUUCACGUGCCCUUUUGAAAUAUUUGUAUACCGAAGAAUGCCAUUUGGGUUAUACAAUGCACCUGCUACCUUCCAAUACUGUAUGAAAGAGGUGCCCUUCGAGUUCGAUGAAGCAUGUAAGAAGGCGUUUGAUAGGUUAAAGGAGCUAUUGAUCUCUUCACCCAUUAUUCAACCGCCCGACUGGAACCUACCAUUCAAGAUCAUGUGCAACGCCAGCGACUAUGCAGUAGGCGCAGUGCUGGGUCAAAGAGUAGGAAGGGCAGCCCAUGCUAUAUACUACGCAUCUCGAGUCUUGAACGGAGCUCAAUUAAACUAUUCCACCACUGAAAAAGAGUUCUUGGCGGUAGUGUUUGCUUUAGAGAAAUUCAGGUCUUAUUUGCUAGGUGCUAAAGUUAUUAUUUUCUCUGAUCAUGCAGCAUUGUGGUAUCUGUUGACCAAGAAAGAGGCAAAACCGCGACUUAUAAGAUGGAUACUGUUGCUACAAGAGUUUGACCUGGAGAUCAGAGACAAGAAAGGAGCGAAAAAUUUGAUAGUAGAUCACUUGAGUCAGGUACAAGUCACCGAGGACGACCUCCCACUAAGAGAAAUAUUCCCUGAUGAGCAUUUAUUUUCUGUUAAUUUAUCUUUGCCUUGGUAUGCGGAUAUUGUUAAUUUUCUAGUCACCGACAAGUUUCCUGCAAGAUGGCCUAAGGCAAAGAGGGACAAGUUAAGGAGUGAUGCAAAGUCUUACAUCUGGGAUGACCUUUACCUCUGGAAGCGUGGUGCCGACCAAAUCAUUCGUAGAUGUGUAAGUGAAAAUGAAUUCCAGUCUAUUUUAACUUAUUGUUACUCUUUUGCGUGUGGAGGUCACUUUGGACCAAAGAGGACGGCUCGUAAGACUCUGGAAAGUGGUUUUUAUUGGUCGACCCUCUUCAAGGAUGCCUACUCAUUUUGUAAAUCCUGUGAUAAAUGUCAAAGAGUAGAUUAUGUUUCGAAAUGGGUGGAAGUAAAGCCCACCCGUACUAAUGAUUCUAAGGUAGUUGCAGAAUUUGUCAAAUCUAACAUUUUUGUCCGCUUUGGGAUGCUGCGAGCGAUGGUGAGUGAUCGGGGUAACCAUUUAUACAACAAGACGAUUGGGGCACUUUUCAGGAGGUAUGGCGUCUUACAUAAGGUGUCUACAUUCUAUCAUUCUCAAACAAAUGGUCAGAUGGAAGCAUCGAACCAAGAGAUGAAGUCGAUUUUGGAGAAGAUGGUUCAACCCGAUAGGAAGGAUUGGAGUAUGAGACUUAAAGAUGCCUUAUGGGCAUAUAGAACGGCGUACAAGAUGCCAAUCGGCAUGUCCUCUUAUCAUUUGGUAUUUGGGAAGCCAUGUCACAUCCCCGUCGAGUUCGAGCAUAGAGCAUUUUGGACGGUCAAACAAUGCAAUAUGGAUAUUGAGGAGGGCGGAAUUCAAAGAAAGUUGCAAUUACAAGAAUUGGAGGAAAUUCGCAACGAAGCCUACGAGAAUGCUGUGAUUUAUAAGGAGAAAAAUAAGAUAUUUCAUGACCAUGGAGAUCCAGAGUUUAAAGAUGGAGAAGAAAUUUGUGGUGAAUGGUCAUCGUUUCAAGCCCGGAGAUAUGCUGCUGCUUGUGAACGGCAGAUUAUUCCCUAUCAUUAUCGAGAUGCCGCCACCUUGGACCUUCUAAUUAUUCGAGUUGGUUUUGACCAGUUGAUUGAGGCCAUUGGGUGGCUUCCCUAUUCUCGUAUUACUGACCGCCCGGUCUUUGUUGAGUUAGUUAGGGAGUUCUAUGCCACAUUUGAGUUCGACCUCCCUACUGGUUACACAGUUUCUACCCCUAAUGUCAUCCGCUUUCGUUUAAUGGGUCAUGAGUUCCACCAUUCCAUAACUGACUUCAAUUUGGCCAUUGGUUUUAUUGAUCCAGCCUAUGCUGAGUCUUGUGAGUAUGCCGAAAAUGCAUGUGACUAUGUCCAGCUCUUUUUCUCUCGCUAUCGCCAUAUUUGGGAGGAGAUGUCCAUGGACAGGGAUAAUUAUGACCCUCGUCUAUCUAAGGGUUCUUAUCUGAAAGACCCGGCGUCUCGCUAUAUCCACCAUUUCUUGGCUUAUAAUUUUUCGGGUAGGCGAGAUAGUUCGGACAUUUUGUCUAAACCCGAAUUUUUCUUUAUUUGGUGCAUGCAUAACAAUAUUAAAGCUAACCUUGGAUGCUGGCUCGCUUCUCAGUUUAAGUCUAUUUUGCCUAAAAAGAAGCGCCCUUUGAUUAUUGGGUCAUACAUUACUCACUUGACUAUUAAUUUGCAUGUAUUUGAUAUUUCUAACCAUGAUUUGCAUAUAGCCUGUCACAUGGAGCCCUUGGACAUUCCGUGUUUAGAGAAAAUGGGUCUGGUUCGGGAGGGCGAUGACGGGUGGGAGGUUGUUCCCCAGGGGCCGCUACGCCCUCCCCCUCGGUCAUCCUUUGCCCGAGCUUCCACGGAUGGCGGCGAUCCCGGCCCGUCUACCUCCUCUCCGUCCCCUCCCACCCCCACGGCCGAUGACUGGCUCCAACUCCGGAAUACAGUUGAGAGACUGGAGACUCGCGUGACCCACAUUGGCAUCAACUUGCAUAGCAUGGCGCAGAAUCUGGCUGCAUUUAUGCAACAUGCGGGAAUUGCUCCUCAGUUCGCGACCGAUCCACCCCUGUUUUGA